AUGUCGGGUCUCUUGUGGCUGGCACUUUUCAUAUCAUCGGGCGCUGCCAACAAACAUGUGGACAAGCCGCCCAACUUUAAUUUUGUAGUGCAGAUCUAUGAUCCGAAGUAUGUGUGCGCUGGCUCCUUGAUCAGUGCCCGACUCGUGCUUACCGCCGCCCACUGUUUCCGCCAGGCAUUCCAGCUAAAUCGGAUCACAGUGCGAGCCGGCGAGACACAGCUGGUGGAUACGUUCAUUGGUCUACCCCUCAGGGAGUUACAACGCCAUUCCCAAUACUCGCCCUACAACGUGACGCACGAUAUUGCGCUGCUCCGCCUAAAGGAUCCGUUGGCGCCCAACAGGCGCAUUGGCUACAUGACCGUCUGCACGCAGCGGCAUCCAGACGCUGUAGACAUGCACAUGGCCGGCUGGAGUUCCCUCAACAUGAAGGAACCGAUACGCAACCAUAAGGUGCCCGUGCUGGCGCGCGAUAAGUGCGUGAGCCUGCUCAACCAGACCUUCGAGCAUGUGCCGGAGGGCGUGAUCUGCGUCACAGCACCGAACGGGAAAUCCCUCGGCUAUGGCGACUCGGGCGACCCACUGGUCUAUGAGAACGAGGUGUGCGGCAUUGCCGUGGCAUUCCAGGGUUCCACAGACAUCUACCCAGACAUCUACACGGAUGUGUAUUUCAAUCGGGACUUCAUAUCGAAGGCAACAUUAGAAAUGGAUGAAAACGCCAAGGGAAGUACUUCACGUCCAAAGUCAGCCGUGGGGUGAACCACAAGAUUAAAGAUAAUGCUAGUUUUGAAAUUUAGGGAGCACACCAAGACUAGAUAAAUUAAAAGAAAGCGUGAGUACAGUAGUAUUUGCAAUCAUUUUUAAAGCAACGUUUAUGAACGGUGUUCAAAUGCUAUUCAUUUGUUAACAAAGUACAUAGAACUAACUCGAUAAUAGCCAAAACUCCAUGCUAUAAUCACAUGGAAUAUGGUAUAUAAUUUAUAAUUAUUAUAAUUGAAUACUGUCUGCUUCUUCAA